CCUGCAUUAAUAGAUCACACGCACAUGUGAUCACUCCACUGAUGUUAUCACUUUCUCACGAGUUAAUAAUUAAUUGAGCUGCUGCAAUGAUUACAUCGCUCUGUAUUUUAAUGUGUCCAUUUGCAGUCUAAGUGGAUUUGAGCAGUGCAGAUUCAUAAUGGCAGCUUUGCGUGCAGCAAAACAAGCUUUACGAAGAGAAAUCAAGGGACGAGUGGCUGCAGUGAGUGAUCAGGAGAAACUCAGACAGUCUCGAGUUGUCUCACAAAAGUUGUUCAGGCAUCCCAAAUACCUGUCCAGCCAGCGGGUCGCUGUCUUCCUGAACAUGCAUGAUGAGGUCUGCACAGAGGACAUCCUCCAGGACAUCUUCAAGAGGGGCAAAGUGUGCUUCAUUCCCAGAUACUUCACCAAGAGCAGUCAUAUGGACAUGUUACGACUUCAGGACAUGGAGGACAUGAACACGCUGCCCCUCACAUCCUGGAACAUCCGGCAGCCAGCUGACCAGGACACGGACAGAGAGGAAGCCCUAGAGACAGGAGGACUAGAUCUUAUCCUCAUGCCUGGUUUGGGAUUUGAUAAGAACGGGAAUCGGCUUGGCAGAGGAAAGGGUUUCUACGACACGUAUCUGGAGCGCUGUAAGGCGCACCCAAAGGGAAAGCCGUACACCAUUGCCUUGGCUUUCAAAGAGCAGCUGUGCGCUGAAGUCCCAGUGGGUGAACAUGAUAUUCUUAUUGAUGAAGUCCUCUAUGAAGACGAGUAAUGAACUGGACCGUGAUUUCAGCACUGUUGAAAGUCAUUUGAAUUCAAAGGAUUCCUAACAACAUUGAUCCUUUUGCUGAAUGAAAUGCAUUAAAUAUCUUUGGACGAAAUCUAUAUUCUCAAAUCAUAUAAUGGUUGCAGGCUCUUUUCGGAAAACCUAGAAGAGAGUAUCUUUAUCAGUAGAAGAUUCACCAAAUCUCCGGUUUAGGAGCAGAAACCAGUGAUAAAAGCACUGCUUAUGGGCUAACUAUUUUUUUCAACGUUUUGUCCCACAUUCAAGUGUUGAUAAACAAGAAUGCAUAAAGCUAGAAUAAAACUGUUUUAUUUUGAUAUAUUGCAUGUUUAGAGAAAAGAGUUAAAGAGAUCGAUGUCACACCCAAUUUUUUUAUAGCAUCAAAUAACUAACCAAAACCAAACACUUGAACAAAUAAGCGUGAUAAGAACUACCUAAAAUGCCAAAAAACAUCUUUGAAAAAAAUUUAUUUGAAUUGUAACUGAAUUUGGCUCGCAUCCCGUUUGAUUGCAGAGUCGCCAGAGGGUGAUCAAAAUCUUUUGGCGUCACUUUUCAUGAUGUGUGUUACAGCAUGUUCAAAAAUCUUUUUUUUUUUUUUUUAAUUUGGCAUGAAAAGAAAGUUGCGAUAGUCUUUUCUUCCAUAUUGUGAAAUAUAUCUGACUAAAAUAUCUUCUCAAACAAGAAAAGAUGUAGGGUGGAACUUCUGGAAUUAAUUGGAUGGUUGUGGUUUUGCUAUUGGUGGAUCUCAUGUGAGUGACAGGUUGCCCCGCCCUCGCACCAGUAAACAUUAUCAGAGAAGAGAUGUCGCUGCAAGAGGAAAGGAAAGAUAUUUUGAUUAUAGAUCAAAAUAAAAAUAAAAAAUAAUGUGCACAGAUAAAUCAUUUAUAAUAAAUACUGCAAUAUUCCAUAAACAAAACAAGAAUUGUCCAUUUUGAUUUCAUGGUGACUUUAAUCUUGCAAUUUUGACGGUAUAGUUAUCAGUAAUAACUUCAAUUUCUGUCUGUUCCUCACACAAAGCUAUCACAUGGACUUCUUGUAUGCUGUUUAUCGUGUUUUUUGUUGUUGUUAUUUUUGCAGUUUGAAAUCAGUGUUCCACAGAAAAAUUACAGCAUACCGGAUGGGAUGCUGAUGAGUAAAUAAUGACAGAAGUUGCAAUUUGGGUGAACAUUUGCUUUAAAAUAACCUUCUGUGCCGGAUCCAUUCUUGAUUUGCUGUAUCAUAUUCCUGAAAUGCUUUACCUCAGGCAUGUCCAAACUAUGUCCUGGAAGGCCACUGUCCUGCAAACAUUAGCUCCAACUUCCCUCAACACACUGCCUGAAAGUUUCUAGCAUAAGACCUUGAUUAGCUGGUUCAGGUGUGUUUAAUUGGGGUUGGAGCUGAACUCUGCAGGACAGUGGCCCUCAAGGACCGAGUUUGGACACCCCUGCUUUGGUUAUAGCCUACACAGCAAAAUCACCAGAGUUAAAUCAACUCUGCUCAGAGUACAUAUGGUCCCUUUCUAAAUAGUGUUAAAGUAACACUGAAGCAGAGUUAAAGUUAAUGAGAUAAUUAAGCGAUUAAGUGAUGAAUGAGCAUUAGUGAUGAACACCUGUUGUUAACAAGCAGAAUCACUGAAGAAACGAUAAUCCUCCUCUGCUGAGAUCUUGAGAGAUAUAAUGUCUUUUAUCUUCAGGUGAUUUCAUCUAAGACUGUGGCUGAAGUCAGUUGUAGUUCUUGUGUUUCUCUUUUCUUCAUUGAUUCUGCUUGUUAACAGUAGGUGUUCAUCACUAACGCUCAAUCAUCACUUAAUUAAUCGCUUAAUUAUCUCAUUAACUUUAACUCUACUUCAGUGUUACUUUCACACUAUUUAGAGAGGGACCAUAUGUACUCCGAGAAAAGUUAAUUUAACUCUGGUGGUUUUUGCUGUGUAUAUCUCCUCGUCUUUUAUAUGGGAUCUGCUCAUGGAGGACUGGUCACGUGAGCUAAUGAAGCAAGAUUGACUAAACUUCAAAUAGAAUAUCCAUAAUAUCCUCAAAUUUAAACCGUUUGAACACUGUUAUUGAUUGGUGAUAUACUGCCUAAAAUAUAUUGGCUGAAUCUGGCUAAAAGAAGUCUUUGCUCUACUCUAAUUUGCAUUUGAAUAAAAUUUGUUAGAAACUGCUUUUGACAUCCUUUAUUGCCUCAUUAAACCGCAGAAGUACUGAGA